AUGGUGCAUCGAAUGCAUUGGGGGCAUGGGAUCGAAGCAGUCUUAGUGUCACCUGAAGGGGACCAUUACCAACUCACUGCCAGAUUAAACUUCUUCUGUACCUAUAAUAUAGUAGAGUAUGAAGCUUGCAUCAUGGGACUUCGUGUAGCUAUUGAGAGGAAAAUCAAAAUCUUUGAAGUGCACGAGGACUCAGCAUUAGUCAUUCGCCAAAUCCGUAGAGAUUGGGAAGUGGGGGAUUCGAAAUUAAUCAAAUAUCACGAUCUCGUUGCAGAAUUGGUCAAAGAGUUCUAUGAAGUGACUUUUAACUACUUUCCACGGAAAGAGAACCAAUUGGCUGAUGCUCUGGCCACCUUGGCUUCGGUGUUCAAAGCAAACAGAGAAACUGAGAUAAUGCCCAUCCAAAUGAGUAUAUAUGAGACCCCCACACACUGUUUUAGUAUUAAGGAGGAGUCAGAUGGACGACCAUGGUUCCAUGAUAUCUUGGAGUAUAUCAAGAAUCAAAGGUACCCCGAGCAAGCAAACGAGAAUGACAAAAGAACAAUCAGGAAAUUGGCGGUUGGAUUUGUUCUUGACGGGGAUAUUCUAUACAAAAGAGGGAAAGAUCAAGUGCUCCUGAGGUGCGUGGACGCUGUUGAAGCUAAAAAGAUACUUGAAGAGGUCCAUGAAGGGAUUUGUGGAACGCAUGCCACUGGUUUCACCAUGGCUAGGCAAAUUAUGAGACUUGAUUAUUAUUGGCUGACGAUGGAAAAUGAUUGCAUUGGGCCAAUUUCCCAGAAAGCUUCCAAUGGACAUCGAUUCAUCUUUGUGGUUAUAGACUACUUCACAAAGUGGGUAGAAGCCACUUCGUUUGCUAAUGUGACAAAGGCUGCAAUAAAGCAUCAUAAUUCUUCGCCCUAUCGCUCAAAGAUGAACGGAGCAAUAGAAGCGGCUAAUAAGAACAUUAAGAGGAUUCUCAGGAAGAUGGCUGAGACAUAUAAAGACUGGCACGAGAAGCUACCACUUGCUUUGUACGCAUAUCGAACCUCUGCCGUUCUACCUAUCGAAGUAGAGAUCCCAUCCCUGCGUGUCUUGAUGGAGACAAAGUUAGAAGAAUCAGAGUGGGUUCAAGCUCGAUAUGAUCGGCUAAACCUUAUUGAAGGGAAACGCUUGAAGGUAAUUUUUCAUGGACAGAUGUAUCAGAAAAGAAUGAUCACGGCCCAUGAUAAAAAGGUACGGCCAAGAGAAUUUCGCGAAGAGGAGCUCGUUGUAAGAAAGAUCCUCCCGAUACAAAAAGACUUUCGAGGAAAAUGGUCGCCAAAUUGGGAAGGGCCAUACGUUGUAAAAAGGGCAUUCUCAAGAGGAGCUUUGAUUCUCACUGAGAUGGAUGGGAAAGAAUUACCUAAUCCAGUGAACUCAGAUGCUGUGAAGAAAUAUUAUGCCUAA